UCGAAAAAUGCUGCGAGUCGCUACAGAAUAAAACGUGUCUUCAGAUAUCUUCCCUCGUUUCAUUUGCGUCCAUUCGACUUUUGACGUUUUAUUCUAUACUCUAAAAAUCUAAUUUUCCAUUUUUCAAUAAUUUUUAAUUUUGUAAAAAAAAUCGUGGACUCUUUCUACGAAGAUAACAAUAAGAAAGUAAUUUAUUAUUUAUCUGCAGCAAGAACGUAAGUUUUUAGUUUCAUGGUAAAAGACCCAUUACCUGCUCACUUUUAAUUCGAGGGAGAUUAAACCAAAAUAAAAUGUCAUAUUCAUCAGUUAUGGAACCGAACAACCCGGAGGAACCAGUAAACCCAGAGGAACAAAUGGACUUGAGCCGAGCAAUGAAUUCAGACGAAUCAAGUGACUCGGAUGAAUCAACGGACUCGAGCAGAUCAUUCUUUUCGGACGAAUCAUCUGACGAAGAGGAAGAGAAAUGCAUUACAAUUUUUGAUCUUCCUUCUAGAAGGAAACUUGCAAAGCAAAUUCGUCUUGAAAUAUGCUCGGAAACAGAACUCUCUCCAACGUAUGUUGAGUCGAAAAUUACUCAGUUAAAAACUUUCAGAGAAAAUUUUCAGGUUUCUUAUCUUUCUAUCAAUGGAUAUAUAACCGAGAUGUUGCCGUUUGUUAUGGCGUUAUGGUUGUUCAAUACCGUGAUAUUAAAAGAGGAAUACUAUCGAGAGCUUGUCAAUACUGUGAUGUUUCUUGCUGAGGCCAUCGGAUCCCAGAUCGUGAUUGAGGUAGUCGUAGGAAAUCUGAUAGACAUUGAUAAUUUUUUCGUUUCCGGAGGUCGAGCGAAGGUAGUGAAGAGACAAUGCCAUAAGAUGGCAAUGGAGACGAUCGCAAAAAUGAUGUCGAUGAGUGAUUUCGAUCCUACUGAUGUGUGUCCGAAUGUGGACACUAUAUUGACUGAUGUCAUUGGUCGACAUAAAGAGAGAAUUAUCCGAGAUCCUGUCAUGCUGGAUAGCAUCGUUACGAUUGAGAACAAGUUGGAUAUAAGCAUAUAAUUAAAUACUAACUACAGAUCACCGAGAUUUCAUUAAUUUAAAUGAAGAACAAGGUAAUUUAAAUACGAAAACCAGCCGCUGUUUUAAUAGUCUGCAUUGCGGCAACCAUAAAAGUUUGCCACCCGUGUAAAAAAAAUUUGGGCUAAAAGAGUUCGAUAUGUGGAACUUCUGAACUUGCGACAGAUUAUAACUACGAGUGGAAUUUUUUUUGCUCUUGUAAUUUUGAUAGUGAAAAAAAUAUAUAUGAGGAAAUUUCGAAUGAAACAUUUUUAAUUCGCAGACUUAAAUUUAACGCGAUAUUUGGUGUCCUUUUCACACCAACUUUUUACACUGAGUUUAAAAAUUUUUACGGUGCACUUACACAGAAAAUAGUAUUUCGUAGCCCAAUAAUUUUUUAUCUUGCCUUGAAAAAUUUUUCCUCACCCUAAGAAAUUUCUGUCUUCAAUUUACAUGGUAACCACAGAUUUUUGAAACUGAAAUUCCCUGACUUUUCCAGGUAUUCCAGUAAAAUAAUUAAAAAAAUUCCCUGACCGUAUGUAUUUUUAUUAAAUCACUGGAAAUAUUUUUUUAAUUCAAAAUAAAAUGGUACAAGUCAGAUCAAUAAAUAAUCAAUCAUUGUCGUUAAAUGAAACUUUAUUUUAUUAUUUGCCAAUGUUCAUAGAUUUUUUUUUAUUUAUUAAAUUAAUAAUUUUUUAUUUUUUAUUUUAAAUCUAUGAAUUUAUAUAACUUACUCUAUAAUAAAAUAUAAAUAAACUUUUCAUUUUCACCAGAAUAAAUUUCAUAAAUAAGAACGUUUUAUAGAAUAUUAAUAAAAUAUUAAUCAAGUACGCGAAUAAUAAAUAUAGUGAAACUUAUUAGUUCAAUACUUAUGUAUACUUUUAAUGUUUUUGGAUUUGUAACUUGUCAAUAUGCAUAUUAAUAGCUUGAAGCUCCUGACGAUUGGUUUCUACUAAGACUUUUUUUUUUAACAGUCUUCUUAAUUCUAACUGCUUCAUUUUUUCGCUAUGGGAAUCAAUUUCUACUAAUUUUUUUUCAAGACGGUUUUACAAUCGCAUUCGCGCCGCGCUACUUUUUGAACAGUUUUGACAGAAAAAAAAAUUUAUAGGAUUUUUUCAGUGAAAAAACAAGAAAGUAAAAAUUUUUCCAGCUUUGCGACGAAAUUCCUUAAUUUUUUCCUGAUUUCCCAGUAUAUUUAUAAUUCCUUUCAUUUCGAGGUUUUCCAUAAAUGUGGCCACCAUAAAUUUAUAAUGUCAAAAAUUCCUUGUAGUAAAAAUUUUUUGCACCAAAAAAUCUCUAGUUUCUGUGUAAAAUAUAUUGAAUACAAGUAUCAUAUGAUACUUUCGAUAAUUUGUAAAUCAAUCCCGUUUAUUUAUGUAAUCUAAAUAUAAUUACAUAAAAAAUUUCAACAAUGUUACGCAAUUUAUUAUUCAAUACUUUGAUAACGAUUGCACAUUUUCAUUGCAUUUUUAAUAUUUAUAAAUAAAUUUUAAUUUCAUUUAUGACGAUAAAAAAAAAACAAAUUUAUUCACGUAAACUAAUAUGACUACUGCUUAGAUGUUUAUUUUUAUUGUUAUUAGCAUUAUUUAAAUAAGAUGAUUAUUUUUAUAAAGAUAAGAUUAUAAAUAGUAUGUAAUAUAUAUAGUUGUACAAGAAAUGUAAACGAUAGUACAAAUUGACCUAUUGUGCGUUAGUUUAAUUUUAUUAGACCUACUUUUUUUAUUAGCAUAUCAGUUAAAUUAAUUUCCCGACUUAACUUAUUACUAUCAUGUUAUUUAUUUAUAAGCUAAUAAAAUAAUGCGUUAAUUUCAUAUUUAAAUUUACUGUUGUCUCGAUUAUAAAUUCAUAAACUUGUAGUUACCACUGUUUAGAAUUAUUAAAGUUUAUUUGCAAAGAUAAUUAUAGUAUCGGGUAAUUGUAAAAAUUUUCAGGCAUUUAAUAACAACAAUAAUAAUUAUUGUUUAUACGAUAAAAACAAAAUGUAUUCUUAAGUCUUUUGUAAUAAUUCAACCUUCAGUCCAAUGUA